CAGUAGCGGGCCCCCAGAGGCCCUGUGUCCUGAGGCCCCACCUCUGCCCCACCUGUGCCCAGCCCCACGCGCCGCCGCAGGCAGGGGGCGCGUGCGCGUGCGCGUGCGCGUGCCACACACCUGUGCCGAGCCGCCUUUCGCCCUCCCUGCCCUGGAAUGGCGGGUUCCCAUCUGCCAUCGCCACUUCUGCCGCUGUCUCUGGUGCUGCUGCUGGGGAAUUCCUCCCUUGCCCCUGUCGCCUCUAGAGACUCCAACGUCCAGGUCCGCAUCCUUACUUCACAGCCCGCCUCCUCAAAUUCAGGGGUAACCCCCACCAGCUCCACAAAUGUAGGGUUGGAGGCCAUCUCCUCCCCACAACCAGAAACGGCCACCCACCCCAGUUCUGGCUCCCCGGGUUCAGAGCUUACCCCUACCUCCCACUCGAGCCCCCCAAGCUCCCCCACCUUGACCUUGCAUUGGAGCUCCACUUCUCCCAGCUCGAGACCAGAGCCCUCUUCCAUGCCCUCAGCCAGCACUGACGGGACCUCUGUGUCCUCUGGCUCUGCUCCGGGUGACACUGGGGCCCCCGAGUUGCACAGGAACCCAGGCGUGGUGGUGGCUGUGUGUCUGCUGGUGUCCGUCUUGCUCAUCGGGUCUGUGCUAAUGGCUGUGAGACGUGGCCACCGUGGUGUGUCUGAGUUCUAGAAGCUGGAUGAGAUGUCCACGGAGACAGCGAGCCAAAGGUCCUCCUUUGCCCAUCACCCACCAGAGUGAUCUCCGUGGGGCCAAGGGAGAAGGGGGCUUGGACGGGGUAGAGCACCUGGGGAGGGGCUAGGCUUGCCAGAAUAAAGCCCUUGUGUUCCUCUGUG